AUGCAAGUCAGUGAGGGGCUGCAUAAACUCACAGCAUCUGCCCUGGCCCUGAUCCUGGCAGCUUCCUUCAUCACCUCCUCCUGGAGUGCCCCUCAGGGUCAUUUCCAAAGGAGAAACUGGACUCCUCAGGCCAUGCUCUAUUUGAAGGGUGCACAGGGACGUCGUUUCAUUGCAGAUGAGAGCCAGAGGAAGGACCUGUAUGACAGAGUGCAGCUUGAAACACGCAGCCGUAAAUCAAAUCCUUUAUCACUUUCUGAAGCUACUGCACUGUUCCUUAGUUCCUUACAGAAAGCACAAGAAGUGGAAGAGGAAAAUGGUGAUCACCCUGGCUACCUGGCAGACAAUCUAUCAAAUUGGUGA